GCGGCUACAUCCUUAAUGCGGAAGCAGAACAUCUAGAUCUAUUUAUAGUCGACAAAGACGGCUACGUUAAGUCGACCUGGUGGGAAGCUAAGACUGGCUGGCCAAUUGGUUCGCUAUUGGCGACCACAAGAUGGCUCCUGGUGCCGAGGUGAAGGCAGUAUGGCGCGGUGAUCCCCAUUACGAUCUUUUUGUUACUGAUUCCGAUGGCAUUGUAUGGACAUCAUACUGGGAGCCGCGCAUCGGUUAGCAACCGUGGUUCAGCUUGUCUCCUGGUGUUCGCAUGAGGCCAGGUGCACCCAUCAGCGCGACUUGGCGCUCCAAUUAUCACCUCGACUUGUUCGCUGUUGGCGCCGACGGCAAAGGCUACAACGCGUGGUGGGAGUAUCAGACCAGAUGGCAGGAUUGGGGCGUUGUUGUGGACUUUUACAUCUUCACCGACAGGAUCAACGCCGUAUACAACUUUCUUAAUGAAAGCAUCCAUCUCGUACUGCCGACCACCCAAGUGGUUGGUGGUCUUCCUAUGAUGCAUACCAGUGUUUGGAGAGCUGCCUCGGGCUGGUCACGAUGGACAGAACCGCGAUGGUCGCGCAAUGUGGACUCCAAUUACCAUCUGGAUUUUACCGUUCGUUCCCCCAUGGCUACCUGUUCCUCGCACAAAGGCUUAUACGCGGUGGGAUCGACCGAUUCAAGACGCAUCAGAAUGGCAAAGCUCGACUAUUGGAAUUUUCGUGAUGAGUGGAAGGGCUAGUUUGACUUUUCAUAGUCAGUUGACCCCGAUGACGGCUGGGAGUAUCGCACGAAGAAGGACACACCGGUAGCAUGUGCGUGGACUGGCGACACCGAUUGGUUAUAUUUGAUGACCGUGGGCGAUGAGGGCACAGUCUGGUUUAGAACAUUGGCCACGAAUCUAAUGUCUCGCACGCAAGAUGAGAUGUUGAAUGAGCUCGGCGUUGGACGUUGAUGAUAAAUGGGCAAAGGCCAAGGGCUGUAAGUUAGCCUCUGUGAUGCGUUGGCUAUGCUGCCAUAGUAGUUUGGCAGCGUCGAAUGCGAGGGAAUAUAUCUCGUAGCGCCUAUGGGUCAAUGUAUAUUGACCAGUAGUUCCGUGUGUUAAUAACAUUCCAAUAUUUAGUUCA